AGACAGAUACUACAGUUAAUCUUAUUUUGCACUUGUUAUAUUUUCUGAGUGCUGGUAUACAAAUCUAUAUCAUAUAGGCACGAGGCCUACGGUGGAGUAUUUCAGCAAACUUCUCAACAAAACGAUGUUACUUUUCUUUAAAUUGUUCACCGUACUUUUGGUGGCAGUGGGGCUAUCAAAGGGAUGUGCAGAAUGUGACUUCCCUCAUCCACAGGAACGGUUCUGCGAGGCUCCUUAUGUAAUUCGGGCGACAGUGACUUCCAGCAGUGUCAUUCCAAAGCCAAGACCAGACGCUGAUAUGCCGAAACACAGGAUUAUAUCACCAUGGCCCAUCAACUAUAAGUAUGAACUCACAGUCGACCAAAUAUUCAAGAGGGACGACACUGUCGACCUUUCCACAGAACCCUUAAUCAUGUAUGCAUCGUUCGGCCCUGAGUUCUGUGGUCUGCCGCCAGGGGGAUAUGUCGGCAAGGAAUUCCUCAUAUAUGGGAAAAAAUUAAGACCAGAAGACGCAGGGUCCCUGCAACCCCAGAUCACGGCCUGUGGCAACACAGUACCAUGGGAUGAGGUCUCGGCCAAAUACCUGGACAAGCUCGUGAACACCUAUGGCCCAGCUUGUCAGGAGUGCAGGAUCAGCAGAGACUGCGAUGGUGAAAGCUGCAAGGCAAAUGACACGUGCACCUGGAACGUGGGUAAGAACUUCAUGGACCUCUGCCUUAAGGACAAGGUCUGCAAGAGGAUGGAGAAUGGGAAAUGCGACUGGGUUGACCGGGAAAAAUGUGAUCAUGAGGACAUGCCGGACUGGAUGAAAAUUACAACUACCAGUAAACCAAAAGCAGAGGUUGCAAGCGAUAGCUCAGAAGCAGAAGCAGAUGAUGACCAGUAGCAAUGUGUGGUUGUUAGAACUACAGUACUGGUCAAAAUUAACAUAUCUUCAACGAUAACAUCAACCAGACAAACAAUUUAAGGGAAAUGCCAGACUUGAUGAAAGCUGGAGCAAAUUGUUCUGUGAGCAGAAGUCAAGAAGAUUGAUAAGCAAACAAUAUGGUCGCAGCAGGAAAGUCCUUAUGUCCUCAAAGUGGAUUAGUAAUAUGCGGUGUAUAUUCAAGCAUUGUAGUUCUCUGGUAGCAUACCUUGGGACGGAAAAAAGCCGGGGCUAGUGAGUGUAACUGACGGUCACUAGCUAACAGAUACUGGAAUGUUGACCUUACUUCACUGGAAUGAUGUCAAGCACAUAAUAACAAAAUAGCUUAAUAGCUUAUUUCGGUCUCCUCACACACCAGAACAUUUGCUGCAAUCAUUUUUUUACAUGACUAAUUCAGUAAGUAUGGGUAGUUUGAAAACAACUAAUAUACAAAUGUGAAGAAAUCUCUAUUCUGUAAAUGUAAAAGCAAUUAUUUGUCAAUCUUAGUUGAAAUAAAUACAAAACAAACAUCGCCCGGUAUAUUUAUCUUAAAA